AUGGACAAAAGGAAGAACAAACGUGUUAAGUUCCGGAAAGAAAGAAAUACUUUUGACACGAACAGACUUCACUUGAAUACAUCACUUUGAAAUACUUUUGUUUCUAGGCCUUGGAAAAGUUGUUUACUUUUAAUUAAACAAAUGUUCCAAAUGGAUUAAUUUCGUGUCAAUGUGAUCACUAGAUUUAAAGGAUUUUUAUUGUUCUGAUAUUAAUUUCUUGAUAUUUUUGUUAGCCAAUUUAGGAAUUUAAAAAAAAAUAAUUAAAAAUUUAACAGUUAAAAGUAAGGAUGGCUUUAAGGUAGGAUCUAUCUAAUGUCAUACACCGAUGCCCGAUUCCAGUAUCUGCAAUAGUGUAUCUAUUUAUAUAAAACAACAACAAUGGCAGUUCAGUGCGAGGCAGUUGAAACGUAUGCUGCCUACAUAGAUAAAUAUGCAGAUUACCUGAAAGAGAAGUGCUCUAAACUGACUGAUUGUAUAGACAAACUACUGACAGAGGAGAAUCAACUGACAAUCAUUAGAGGGGAGAAUAUAAGCCUUAAUAAAACAUGCGGCCUAGUGUACAGAACUGAGAAUAGUACUUACACAACUCUGAAGGGGAAGUGCUCGGCCACUGAACGUGAAGAGAUUCGAUCAGACCUUGAAAACAAUUUGCAGAAUCAACUCGACAACAACAAGUUGUGGAAGGGCAUUGACACAUGUUUAAAAAACUUAUAUGGAAACACCGAGAGAACAAACAGAGUUGAGGAGAUUUGCUUGCGCGCCAGAAUUCGAAAGGAAAUCUGCAAUUCUACCAACAAUCAUCGGACAGUGGAGGCAUUCUUCAACAACGAAAUACAAAAUCUUCAGUGCAAGUGUAAGCUUUUAACACAGUCAGCUGGUUUAAGGAUGCCAGUAAUUAUCGGGAUUGGUGUCGGAAGUUUUGUCCUUCUGCUUCUGAUCUUCUGCCUCAUUUUUUGUUGUUACAGAAGAAACAGGAAACGGAAAAGAGCCCAGACAAACCGCAGUGUAGUCUAUGUACCGGGAAGUUCCGAUGGACAAGUUUACCAAGAAGUUUUGGAUGAUAAAUCUUACAACAGCUACAGACAGUCUCCUCAAGUCAAUCCUCCGUCUCUACCAUCCAGAUACAUUCAACAUACGCCAGGAGCUCAGGACGACGGAGGUUAUUUGGAUCCAGUCAUGAUAGGAAUGAAGUACAGACCCAUGCCGCCAAUUCCUCAACAAAAUUCAAACCCUGAAUACGAUAACCCACCCCGCUACAGCGAGUGUGACAAAGACGAUGUGGACAAUGGCUACUUCAAGCCUUUAGCAGACCCCGUCAAGGACGUCGCCAACAGCAGCAAGCCAUCCACAGCCACGUCUGACGUUUCUGGCUUGGAGCGAGCUAGUGAUCCAGAUCCUACAACCCCACUGGAGGACGCCCCUGUACCGUCAAGUGUUCUGUUGGGUCCCGUGCCAGCGAAGAGAACUAAAAAAGAUGAUAGAAAAGUGGAGUCUCACUAUUACUUACUUGAGGACGGCGCCCAAAAAGAUGGCUUGGAAACAACACAUUUGAGCGAAUAGUUAGAAUUAGUAAUGAAAGUAUUUAGAGCUAAAAAUAAUUGAAAUACCCGACGCAUAAUAGACCUAUAUCAUUAUAAGCUUUUUUUUAAAAUCCAAAAUAAUGCGUGGAUUAUAAGAACAGCAAGAGUAUGAAAGACUGUUACGUAAAAGAGUGUUACAUAAAAUAGUGUUAUAUACAAGAGAGUUACUCUUUUUUUAGUGUUACAUAAAAGAGUGUUACAGACCUUGUGUGUAGUUCGUCCAUAGUGGUUCGAUGAUGACCACUUUUGUCAUCAAGGGGGCUGAGGACUUUACAGAUCAUAAUGUGUAUAUUAAACACUCUAACUCUUAAUCAGACUUAUUUCAAUGUGUUUUUGUCAAAGUUUUAAAUGCAUGAUUUUAAGUAGAAUGUAAGGUUUCAACUUGAUACAACUUUGAAAUAUUAUAAUAAGUACAUACGUUGUUUUGAGAUGUAGAACUCUGUAAUGUAGGCGUGCAAGUCUGUGAGUAUGUAACAUAUAGAUAUUAAGACAAUGUACCCAAUUAGUGAAAACACAUUCAGUGAAUAUUUCACUAAGUUUUUCGACCCAAAUCAUUUCAUUAUUUUGAAAUCUUUAUUUCUGAAAUAUGUUUUUAAGACUCUCGAUCUACUUCUCAUUUCAUCCCUUGGCUUUCGUCAGUGGGCGCUGCGACAGUUCGUAGUUUUGCUGUAACAGUUCAUAGUGGUGCUGUGACAGAUCGUCGUAGGGGCGCUGUGACAGUUCAUCGUAGGGGUGCUGCGAAAGUUCGUUGUAGGGGUGCUGUGAAAGUUCGUUGUAGGGGUGCUGCGAAAGUUCGUUGUAGGGGUGCUGUGAAAGUUCGUCGUAGGGGUGCUGCGAAAGUUCGUUGUAGGGGUGCUGCGAAAGUUCGUCGUAGGGGUGCUGUGACAGUUCGUCGUAGGGGUGCUGUGACAGUUCGUCGUAGAGGUGCUGUGACAGUUCAUCGUAGGGGCGCUGUGACAGUUCAUCGUAGGGGUGCUGCGAAAGUUCGUUGUAGGGAUGCUGUGAAAGUUCGUCGUAGGGGUGCUGUGACAGUUCGUCGUAGGGGUGCUGUGACAGUUCGUCGUAGGGGCACUGUGACAGAUCGUAGUUUUGCUGUAACAGUUCGUAGUUGUGCUGUGACAGUUCGUCGUAGGGGUGUUGUGACAGUUCAUCGUAAGGGGCGCUAUGACAGUUCGUCGUAGGGGUGUUGUGACAGUUCAUCGUAGGGGUGCUGUGACAGUUCGUCGUAGGGUUGCUGUGACAGUUCAUCUUAGGGGCGUUUUGACAGUUCGUCGUAGGGGCGUUUUGACAGUUCGUCGUAGUGGUGCUGUGACUGUUCACAUAACCAAAUCCCUGCACAGCAGCUUAGCAGGCUAUCAAAAGAGAGGCCGGUCCAUUCUUUUACGUUAUCCAGCUUUUCUUUGGACGUCCCUUUCUUCGUGCUCCCUCCACUGUACCAUGAAGAAUGACUUUUACUAUUUAAUCAUGUCUUACAAUAGGACCGAACCAGCUCAGCUUUCGUCUCUUCACAGUAUUGAGUUCUUCCUUCUUGCCAGCCAGAGAGUACAAACACUAUCUAAGUAAGUCGGAGUAUUAAGGAAGAGUGCGGUAUUUUACGAGGCUACGCUAGCCCAGCCGUGGCCUCAUAUUUGAUCACAUCCUUACAGAUAAAACCACUGUCUCUGCCCACAUUUUCUCUACCACCAUUGCAGUCCUUUGUAGUAGGUUAUUAAAUGUAUACUUUAAUUAUAUUCUUUUUCAAUAAUUAAUUAUAAAUACAUGUACAGCCAUUUGAUUCAGCUAUUUGUAUAUGAAUUUUUUAAAAAGUGUAAUCAAUAAAACUUUAGAAACGGAUCCAUUUCGUUAAAGAUAUCCUGAUGAAUUUAAGUCUUAAUAAUAAUUGCAACGUGUUUGAUAUCACAGAUGAAGGAUGAACGCUGAGUUUAAUUAAUGACUCAACAUUUCAAUGCAUAGCAUCUCGUCUGACUUGUAUGGGUACUUUAAGCGGUACCUGACAUUAGUUGGGGAAAGUAAAGGCGGUAGAACCAGUGAUCAUCACAAUCAUUUCUCUUCUUGAUCUAGUGAAAAUAUUCAAUGUACCCAAUAUAGUUCCGUUUAGUUUAUAGGACGCUACAAUAACUUCUCAAGUUUAUUUAAUUAAACGAUCUAAUUGUG